CAGGUCGGAACCCUGGGGGAACCUCUUCUUAAUUGUGAAAAACGAAUUUUCUUAUCAUAGCACCUUUUCGUAGAUUAAAACGCUUUUUAGACCCUCAAGACUUCUGGGAACCCAUGUUAGAAAUUUCUGGCCACACACACCCCUGUUGGCACUGGAUACUUGUUUGGGAAAAUUACUGUAAUAUGGACUUUUUUUUAUAGCAUGCUUAACAAGUUUUAAUUACAUGAUCCUGUAUCAUAACAAACCUUAACUUGUUUUCAUCCUUUUUCCUUGUUAAUUGAUUGUAAAUUCCCGCUAUAUAAGUUUCUGGGAGUUUUUUGCAAUAUCAUUGAAUAAAGGAAUUUUUUUUUAUCCUUUGAAGCCAUUUAAUAGAUAAAUUCUAUAUAAUUGUGAUAUAGAAUGCCUAAAUUAACAUAUAAACUUCUCACUGCUGAUGACUAUCCUGAUGUACUGAAACUGUUAAAGUUGUGUUAUGCUCCAAAUUUUGCCCUCAUUCAAUGUCUUGGGAAUAUUGAUGAGGAUGUGAAUUCCUAUUUCGCUUUGGCAAAAGGUUUUCUCAAGCAGGAAAAUUCAUUUGGGGCGUUCAACGAAGACAAUGAAAUAGUUGGUGUUGUUGUUAAUGUUGGUCCAUAUUUCGCACAGAGAAGCGAAUUUGAGUCAAAUCUCAAAACCAAAGCUGGAAAAGCUGCUUAUGCAGGUUUCACAUCAGCAUUUGUAGGUGGUUCCAUUGGUGACGUAUCUCAUAUUCUUGGAACUGACAAGUAUUGGGAAAUGAAAAUGGGAACAAUCAACCCCAAAUAUAAAGGAUUGGGAAUAAUGCAAGGAUUAGGUAAAUACACUUAUGAGCUUGCCCGGAAGAAAGGAAUUAAAAAGCUGAUAGCUUAUCAUACUUACAACCACACUGAUGAGUCCUUGAAGCAAAUACGAGGGUGGCAUAUAGUUAAACGUAUAAAUCUAUUAGAUUAUACUGAUGCGGUUUCUGGUAAGAAGAUUUUUGCUGGGCUGAAACCUCCACACACAUCUGAAGUGAUGAUGGUUCGUGAUGUAAUAUAGAAACUGAUGAUGAAGUUUAUUCAAAUAUCAUUCAUAUUUAUAGUACAGGCAUUGAAUGUAUGUAUUGUCGUUUGAAACAAGCUGCUAUGUCCUAAAAUAAUUUAUAGCCAUCACCAUGGAAUAAUAUCAUUUAUGACUAUUCAUUGUGACAGUCUGUCCAAAAAUUUUUGGCCGAUUUUAUAGUAAUAAUAAUUAUAAGUUUAAAUAAAUUUUAUUGUAUGAUAAAUGAGAACUACAACAUCCAAUUCAAUACAGGUCGACUAUACCUCUUUUGGCAAUUCAAAAAAAUGUCAUUUGAUUAUAAAGACUUUAUAAUCGGGCGAAACUUUUUGGACACCUUGUAUAUUGUGUCAUCUAAAUUUGGUUGAUGAUUAUAGUUUUUCUAUCUCAUAUUAUACAACAUUUAUUGCUACUAUUUGUGAUACCUCCUUCUUAUCUAGUUUUUCAUUUUAUUUUUAAUUGAAAAUUACCAUCUAAACCUCAGUGUUGCAGUACUUAGUAUUCUAUUUUUUAUUCAAAAGUUUACAUCUCUUCUUAACUGUUUUUUCAGAAUUUAGGGUGCUCCAGAAGUUACCAGGGCACUUUGCUCCCGUAGUAUUCGUACCAGGGCAUGUUCCCUUAGGAUACUUUGCUCUCGUAGUAUUAAUACCUCUGGAGUGUUGUAUUUGUACCAAUGUGGGGAUUAAAUAACACAAAGUAUCUUAAGAGAACAUGCCCUGGUACUUUUUUGCAGGAAUUGCUUGAACAUAAUGGUCUUCGGAAUCCAUCACUAUAACACCAUAAAUACUACUGGUAUAUUAAACAGAGGGGCCCCCGAGUGUUGAAAGCAGUCGAAAGGGGGCCACAGGCCAUAAAAGGUUGGGAACCACUGCUAUACAGUAAUUGCUACUUUUCCAGACAGUGUUUACCGGAAAUGUUUCAAGUGUUGUGCAACUGCUAUUUACUAACAUCUUAUGUACGUUAGCAGCCACUCCAUUCUUCCAGUUAUAAGUGCCUUUAUUAAACUUGUAUAGAAAAAUAUUGCAUCCAACAUAAAUAUAUGUAUCUGAUGCUUUUCAAGUAACAAUUAUUUUAUAAUAAAUUAAUCAUAAUUUGAGUUAAUUGAUUCAUUUAAUAAUUUAUAAUGUUUACACUUAUGCAAUUGAUUUUUAUAAUUCCAUUUUAACAGUAACUAGAAUAGACUUAUUAUCUUUUUGUAUUCAUGGUGAAAAAUAUGGAAUUUCAAGCUGACUGGAGGCAGGGGAAAUCAAAUGAUUGAUUUAAUGUCAAGCAUUUGAAAACCUCUGAUCUUGUAUACAGUCAGUCAAUACAUUGGGGAAUGGAGAGAGUUUGUUUCAGACUGAAUUCAGAGGUAAAUUCAAGUUUUGUUAGGCAAGGUCAUGAUCAAGUUGAGGAUAUGUUGUUUUGUCAAUAUGAUUAAAUUUGGUAGAGGUUCGGUGAUGAGUGUAUUCCUAACGGUUAGCACGAUGUGCCGCACCGAUUAGCUGGAUAUUUGUUGGAGGAAGUUUCUGUAAUAUGGACUUUUUGUAGCAUGCUUUAACAAGUUUCUAAAUACAUGAUCCUGUAUACUAACAUAUAUUAACCUUGCAGUCUUGCAGAUUAUAAUCUAACUGUACUUCUUCCUUAUUUCAACUGAAUUGGGAAUUUCCGCUUUAUCAACUUAUGGGAGCUUUUGGCAAUAUCAUUUAAUAAAUCAUUCAAUGAAGGAAUUUGUCAUAUCAGUAUAUAGAUAGAAUGAUAGAGAGAAUGCCUAAAUUAACAUAUAGACUUCUCACUGCUGAUGGCUAUUCCAGUUUACUGAAACUGUUAAAGUUGUGUUAUGCUCCAAAUUUUGCCCUCAUUCAAUGUCUUGGGAAUAUUGAUGAGGAUUUGAAUUCCUAUUUCGCUUUGGCAAAAGGUUUUCUCAAGCAGGAAAAUUCAUUUGGAGCGUUCAAUGAAGACAAUGAAAUAGUUGGUGUUGUUGUUAAUGUUGGUCCAUAUCUCGCACAGAGAAGCGAAUUUGAGUCAAAUCUCAAAACCAAAGCUGGAAAAGCUGUUUAUGCAGGUUUCACAUCAGCAUUUGUUGGUGGUUCCAUUGGUGACGUAUCUCAUAUUCUUGGAACUGACAAAUAUUGGGAAAUGAAAAUGGGAACAAUCAACCCCAAAUAUAAAGGAUUGGGAAUAAUGCAAGGAUUAGGUAAAUACACUUAUGAGCUUGCUCGGAAGAAAGGAAUUAAAAAGCUGAUAGCUUAUCAUACUUACAACCACACUGAUGAGUCUAUGAAGCAAAAACGAGGGUGGUAUAUAGUUAAACGUAUAAAUCUAUUAGAUUAUACCGAUGUGGUUUCUGGUAAGAAGAUUUUUGCUGGGCUGAAACCUCCACACACAUCUGAAGUGAUGAUGGUUUGUGAUGUAAUAUAGAAACUGAUGUAAUUGGAAGUUUAUGCAACUAUCAAUCAUACAAGUAGUACAGGCAUUGAAUGUAUGUAUUGUCGUUUGAACUGAAAUAAUUUAUAGUCA